AAACUAGUUAAAUACUCAAAUUUAUCCUUGUUUAACCAUUAUAAUUGCAGAACAUUUAUUGUUUAUCUUAGUUUGAUUAGAGGUAAAAUAGAGAAAUUAAUAGAAAAUUACAUUGAAAUCAUAAAACGACACUUACUUUUUAACAAAAAUUUUAUGUUACAACGACAAUUAAUUUGAAACGGAAAGAGUAUUUUAUAUUACAGAAUCGAUGGAGUAUAUUUAGUUACAAGAUUGUCGUUUAUUUUAUAUUACAGAAUCGAUGGAGUAUAAUAUAAUAUCGUUCCAAUAAAAAGUUUAUAGAUUCUAAUGAAUUCAAGAAUUGUAACUCUAUUAGUUAUUAAUUACGGAAGCAAGAGACUUAACGUUAACAUUAAACGCAAUGGCUAUAUAAAUUUGACCGAUUCGUUUCUCAUUCUCCAUCUCUUAAAAACAAAAAUCACAAUGGCGUUUGCUCAUAAGUAUUGUGUUAUGUUUCUACUUCUAUCUAUCGUUACUCAAGGACACUGCCGCUGCCGUUCCACCGACCUCCAGAUCGGCGGGGUGAGGACCGGGAGAUAUAUUGCCGGACAACCGGAGUGGAAAGUGACGGUGGUCAACACGUGUAACUGUCCUCAGAAACAGGUGAUUCUCACAUGCGAAGGGUUUGCUCCUGUGAAUCCUGUCAAGCCAUGGCUACUUCGCCCACAAGGAAAAGCGUGUCUUCUGAUUAAUGGAGAAGUUAUGCCAGCUGGAGGCACAGUUGAGUUCGCUUAUGCCGGCGAGCCUUACAUCUUCAGACCCGUCAGCUCCAGGGUCAAAAUAAGUUGCAUGAGUUAAUAAUUUCUUUUGCUAUUACAACUUUCUGAUUCAUGUCGGUGAACAAGGUUACUAAGUUUCUAGCGUCUCAAGAAAUAUGACUUUUGUUUUUGCCAAGA